AUGACUGCUCUUACAGGAGACCUUGAGCCUACAGUGGGAGGAAGACUUGACGAAGGGCAUAACUCGAGGGCCUCCUGGACACCUAUGGACGAUGAGGACGUCUCCUUCCUGCCACUAGAGGAGGUUGUACGGGUGUCUCUGGAUGUCCGAAACGAUUCCUUCAUCCCUUCAGACAACAAGUCUCCCCCCCUUCAGGAGCACGUUUCCCCAUCAGAUACUUCCUCUUCCUCCUCCUUAUUUCCAUCAUCCUCCGAGAGAUGGAAGCCCAGGUCAAGGUUAGUGAGGCUGCCACGUUACAUCCUCGAGUAUCCCGCCGUGAGGACCUCCCCGUCGAGGAAAAGUUUCAUGAGGACCCAGACGGAUCAUCCUGACGUAUCGAUCAACAUUUCUUCACCAGAGAUACAGUCGAGGAAGAAGAGAUCUGUGAGGUACAAGAGCGGGAUUUUAGGGGAGCCGAUGAGGACCUUCCUGACAGAGUUACAGCCGAGCAAGAGCACUGUGAGGAACAACAGAGAUUUACAUUCACAGCCGAUGUACUUUAUUUACCUAACAGACUAUCUAAGGUCCCUGGUGGGGAUUUCACAUUCGAAGUUAGGACUGAAGACCCCCUCAGGACCCCGCCGAAGAGAUCAUCCGGGAGAAUUAAUGAAAAACUCUACAUCAAAAACUCAGUCGAGGUUCUUAGGGUACACAGAAGACCAUCUCAGAUCACCAGUAGGACUUGAUCUACCGACAGCAGAGCGGAAGAAGAGAUCCUUGACGUCUGUGAUAGGAUACCCAAUAAAACGGACAAGAUCCUCCCUGUCAGAGAAUUCCCCGAAAUACAAGAGAGACAUUCCACCAGACGAUCUUCAGAAGGCGCAGGAGCAGCAGCAGCAGACCUCACAAUACAAGAGGCAUAUCACAGGAGACCCAAUAACAUCAAGGUGUGACCCGACCAUCUUCAUGUGUGAUGCUACUACCCACCUCUUACGUCCUAACGCUCCUUCCCCUGCAGAGCCUCCUCCUGCGUCUCUUCCUGCUGUCCUCUACCCUCCUCCUCCUCCUCCUUCUCAACUAGCCUUAGGAGCCAUACCACCUCCUCCUCCUUCACUAGUCCCUCAACCACCUCGUUCUCUCUACAUCCUCAAGGAAUCCAUGUCACCGCCACUGCCCUUCUCUCCUGAACAAACAAGGAUCUGGCCGGAGUCCUAUCCAGUUAUAUCCUCCAGGAUGUUAAGAAUCCCAGGUCACCCUUCCAUCCCCGGCCAUCCCAGUAUCCCUGAACGACCUACAGUGGCUGAUCAUCCAUCUCUUCAAGGUCAUCCAACUUUCCUAGACCAUGAGACUAUUCCAGGGCAUCCAUCUAUCCAACAACAUCCAUCUAUCCCAAAAGAGCCGACAGUACUUGGUCAUCCAUCCGUUUUGGGUCACCCUUCUGCCUCUCCUCACCCAUCUAUAUCGGGUCAUCCGUCAGUCGUAGGUCAUCCAUCCAUCCCUACUCAUCCAUCCUUGAGUGCCCAUCCUUCAGUUUCGGGUCAUCCGUCUGUCAGUGGUCAUCCAUCGAUACCUGGUCAUCCAAGGUUGUCAUCCCAUCCCACGAUCCAAGACCAUCCAUCAAUACCCUCACAUCAGUCAGUACCAUCCCACGAAUCUAUCCCAUAUCAUCCAUCUAUCCUCGGUCACUCAUCCAUCCUAGGUCAUGCGUCAGUGCCCUCUCAUCCAUCUAUCCCAGGUCAUCCAACUGCCAGGGGUCAUGAGGCAGUACAAAGUCAUCCAACUAUCCCAGAACAGAGGGGGAUCGAAGGUCAUCCAUCUAUCCCAAGACAUGGGUCUGUGCCACGUCACCCCACUAUUAGAGGUCAUCCAUCUCUACCAUCCCAUCCCUCUAUCCCUGGCCAUAAGACUAUCCCAGGACACGAAACUAUCCCACAGCAUUCAUCAGUGCCUGGACACAUCACUAUCCCAGCUCAAGUACCUAUCCCAGCCCAUCCAUCUUUCCCAGAUGAGACGCCGCCCUCCCACCCCUGCACCUCCCAGAUGCCUCCACAGAUGUUCUUAAAUGUUGAUCCAUGCCUACCCACUCGAACUACGGAGGGCAAUGUAUGUACCCUACCCUUCAUGUACCGAGAUCAACUGUACCACAAGUGUACCGAGGUGGACCAUGGUCGACCCUGGUGCGCCACACAGCUGGACCGACACGGUGUAGUGAGCAAGUGGGAAACCUGUUCAUCUGUUAAGAAAUAUGCAGAUGCUGAAAAUGAAAGGUGGCGUUCAUUGUGA